UCUCACCGUCUCGACAGCUUCCCUGGCACUAAAUUGAUGACAGGCAGACCGUAGGAAUUGAUUAUUGAGGGGCUACGUCCACUCGGGCUUGGGGAUUGACGCACCCGCAGAGAGCCUCUCACCGUACAUUCCAUGCCAGGUUAACGUCCUUCCAUCCCGUCUCAGUGGGCCAUGAAAGGUCGAUCACUCCGAGCACGUAAUUCCAAUUGAACUUCGCAAAAACCUUGAACCUAAGCGUAGACUCGAACAUGGCGGACAACAUGGCGGACAAUAACGAUGAAGAGGCUGUGUGGGUCGUGGAGGACAUCCUGGCCGAAAUGACCACUGAUGAAGACGGCAAGAAAUACUAUCUUGUGAAAUGGGAAGGCUACCCAUGGCAUGAAGAUACCUGGGAGCCGCCAGAGAAUUUCAUAGGCAACAGCCUGGAAUACUGGGAGCAGAGGAAAAAGGAGCUUGGCGGUGAAGGCUCAAGACGACUCAACCGGUACAUACAGAAAAAUAUCGAAAAGUUCGAACGGGCGCUUGACGCGCAUGAAGCAGGUGAAGCGGCGAAUGCGGAGCCCGCAUUCGAAUCGGAGAGACGAAAGGCGGAUUCUCCUCCAUCGGCGAGUGGAGAGCCUCGUUCUCUUUUCGUGCCUGAGUCGCAAAAGAGGAGGAAUAGACCCCUGGUCCAGUCGUCCUCAAGCGAAUCAAGCUCCGGUGAAGAGGAAGAGACUCUUGCGAGUGCUUAUCGGAAGCGGAAGCGGUCUACAACAGCCCGUCAAACUGAGCCAGGAGAUGGCCGCUCUUCUGACGUCUUGGAAACGACAAAUUCGCGUAGCACGGCACCUCGCCGAACCGAUCAGGCCUCGAAGCCUUCCGGUAUAGCACCUGCUUCGCCACUGGUCCACAACAAUCCGCCGACCCUACAAUCAGGCUCGGAUAGCAAUCAGAAAAACCUCUCCAAUGGGCGAAUCAACAUAGUAAAUAAACCCACUGCAAAAAGGGUUUGGAAAAAAGGCGACGUCGCAUUUCGAACGCUGAAGAUGAGACACGCCUUCCAGAAGUUCAAGGCACGUGAACUCCCGCCCGACUUUGGAGCGCUGCAAUUUCCACUAGAACAGCCAGUGGCUGUUGCCAAACCAACUGCGGAAACUCUUGAAACCGGCCGCCAUGACGUCCAACCUGCGCGUAUGCCAACUCAGCAGAGAGACAGCCGAGACGACAAUCCCUAUGGGAGACGAGAUUAUGGGCGACGGCGCGAAGAUGACGCAGAGGAGCGCCCUUCAGUAGAGCAACGAAUUGCUCGGUCGCACAAAGUACCUCUGAUCUGUCUCGACUGGAGAAGUGGACAUUGCGACCAUAGCGAUGACGCAUGCAGAUACUGGCAUGAGAAUAUGCCAGGAAUGGAAGUCUCCCAAUUCGGUAAAGGCGUGCCCCCUAAAUACAGGGACCCUCCACUCACCUGUUACUACUACAUGGCAACCGAAAAAGGAUGUAAUAAGCCUGCGAACGAAUGCGGAUACGCUCACGAGAAUACCGGAUGGCUAGCAGCCAAAGAUGGUGGGGAGCCCAAACAGAUUGAUAAGAACAUGUUGCCUCUACGCGAAACCAGUCAGCGCAUCACCAAUUCCAAGCUGAAGCCCAAAGACAGGGAGCCUCCUAUUACCUGCUGGUUUUAUAUGAUAGGACCAAUGGGCUGCGAUAAGUCGGCAGACCGGUGUCUAUACGCGCAUUGGAACACAGGCUUGCUAGGCAUGACGGACAAAUCGAUUGUGGAGAUUCCUAAAACGCAACUGCCUCGGUUUCAGCCUCCCUUGCGGCCCGCCGCUGAGCGUGGCACCGUGCCAUCACCCAGCACUCCCGGUUUGGUACGGCGACCAUCUUGGAAGGAUCCUGGAGCGAAGACGUGCCAUUUCUGGUUUCAUCAUGGGCACUGUUCGAAGCCAGCGGCUCAGUGUAAAUUUCGGCAUGCAUAUAAUGAAGGAGACGAGGUCGCAGAACCCCCGGGCUCUAAGCGUUUGCAAGCGUUGUGGAUGCAAGAAGAGGGUGCUAUACCAGAUAACCCAAAUACCAUUCCUCUGGGCUCUCCUUCCAUGGACGACAAUACUGAAUCGACUUCUCGAUUGGAGUCAAAAUUUGGGAACAAUGGCUUAAAGACGAUGGAUGAAUCCAUCAGCCCACUAGAUGCCACCAACGGUGCUUCCUUCAUGGGCCAACCUGAUCCGUCCAACUCAGCCAUUGAGCAGAGCCGCCUCAAGGCAGUUGAAAUUUCUAGGCGGAUUGCAACCACUGAGACACGCUCUGGUCCGACCGUUUCAACGCCAAGCCCACCGUUUGCAGUGCAAUCGCCCCCUUCCAUUGAGCAAUCCCCUCCGCCUCAUUCUCCGCUUUCACCACCGCCGCCAUUAUCUGGGCCGCUCCAAAUCGGUUGUCAAGCCCCUCCAAAUUUCUUCUCAAGCCUACACAGGGUCACGUCUGCGGCAACCACACUUCGCGGAAGUGAGUCUGCAGACGCCGCACCAGCUAUGAUUUCAACGCCUCUCUCCAACGGUCCCAGAGUCCAGUCGCCAGCAACGCUUGCGGCUCCGCUGAUCUCAUGUUCCGCCAUGAAAUCGGUCAUCGAAAAGGCCUGCAAUCUCGAUUUCACGACAUUGUUCACCAACCGCAUAGAUCAAAGCGUUUGCCUGGAUCGCAAGGCAUUGCUGAUGUUUCAUCCAACCGAACAAGUGGAAGAAAUGGAACUAGUAAGACGUUGGCUGCUAAUGCACCACGUUGAGGUGUAUACUUUGGACGUGGAAGGGUCAUGGGAUUAUUUCAAGAGAAAACUCGACGAAGGAGGCUCAGGAAUCAUCAUAGCACCGCCGCAAUUCGACAGGUACUGGGCCAUUCCAGGUUUCGGUCAAGCACUCCGGGGAAACAAGCUUCGUGUAUGGUCUCAUGGGUGCCAGAGCCCUCUAGAUUACGACUCUCUAUUCGUUGACCGCGUCGACCCAACGAAAUACGAAUGUGAAGAGGUGUUUCCUCUGGGGGGUAUCAUCUUCAUCACCGACGAUGUGCUGGAGAACGCGCCAUCUCAGGCACUCGACAUCCUGAACCUGUUUAUUACAAAGGUCAACAAGUGCAGGAAUGAAACGGACUCGUCGGUUCCCUGGGACUACAAGAACUACAGCUCGCUGUUCUGGCGCCUUGCAGUUCGGCCGGACCUGAUACAGUCGGCCUUCGACCGCGUUGACGCACUUGAGGCAGAAUCGCUAGGCAAUUCGAAUUCCUUAGCUUGGGAACGAGCCUCACUGCUUGCACACUUCGCUGAUCUAGCUGAGCUCAACUUCAUGGACCACGUGCAACCUUCGUACAUUCCACGCUUGGUCGACCUAAGACCAAUCUUGUCAGAACCUGCCGACCAGUCGCAAGCCUAUUUCGCUGCGCUCAGUUCAUCGCCCACUGGAGCGAUUGACCAACAAGUGGAGUAUUGGGCGAAGAAGGUGUGUGCGAUGCGCAAGAGCUACCGUCACUUUUUCGUGGUCCAUACCGAGCCGUCUUCCGAACAAUCCGCCGAAUGGCAGAGAAAGUUUUGCAAUAUCGACGAAGUCAUUACACCGGAGAAGUGCAUUGAAUUGCUCAAAGAGGACAGCGAAGGGAGUCGCAUUGACUUUAUGGAAUGGUAUCUGCCCAAGGUGGGGAUGGGCGAGGUGCAGGAGGCUGAAGCGAACGGUGCUGGCGAUCCGAUGGAUAUAUCCUCUUCACCUUGAGGGAACCUUUCUCCGCGGUCCCUUUGGCGAAGAGUUCGAGCCCUUUGAGCCAAAUGUGGUGUUCUUCCUUCCCUCCUACAUGCAAUCAGUGGCUCAUUGCUCGUGUCUGUCAAAUAUCUGGUAAUCAUGCAGAGCAAUUCUGUCUUUUAUGCGGCGGAAAUCAUGAAUGGAUCUGCCAUUUUUGAGCAUCGAUAUACCCCACGGAUAGACACCUGCCG